CUGCCAUCCUCACCCCGUCAGCGCCCGUGGCUGUGCCGGUGCCACCCCCGGAGCAGCCCAGCGCUGGCAUGUGCCUGGGUGACUCCCAAUCACCUCUUCUGUACUCGCAGGGCUCCACCGUGCUCACCCCGGGAUGCCACCCGAUCCAGCYGCCCUGUGACACGGCCCCUGGCUCGGGGGUGACCCGACGGCCGGACGAGAUCGCCGGUGGGGACCUGCCCUGAAGCCACCGCCCUGUUUGCUCCGGCACUGGCCUCACCCGCGCAGGCACAGGGAGAGGCGGAGCUGGCCGCUGGCCCCACUCUGGGGCACAGGAGGUAGGAGGGACACGGGGCACUGCUGCGCACAUCCCCAUGGGGACCAGGCUGGCCGGAGGGGCUGUCCCCAUGUCGCCUUUCUCGGGGUCUCGUGCUGCCCUGGUCAGGGGAGCAGGGCACGGUACGUGGGGCUGUGUGRGCUCACCUGUGCUUGGGCUCCCUCCGAAAGCUGGCUGUGGGUUGCUGGACGCCCGUGUGUGUCCCCAGAGAUCCCAGAGAUGGCCUUCCAGCGGAGCCACCGGCUGAACCUGCUGCGCCUCGUUGUGCUGCUCCUCGUCGCCUUGGCYGGCAUCAAGUUCCUCUUCCGUGACAGCUUUACCCUGGAGCUGCAYAAGCACGUCAACAAGGACAGCGGGUUCUGGGGGGACACUGGUGACAUCGUCCAGGACAUCAUCCCCCAGAGCCAGGUUCUGGAGGUCCCUGCGGCAAAGAUAACAGCCCUGAAGCAAAAGCAGCAGGUCCCCAGGGAUGUCAGUGCCACCGAGAUGAGGCUGGUCCACCUGGACCUCAAGGGAGCUGCGCCCMGAGUUUCCUACCUGGAACAGGUGUUCCCCCUCCUGUCCCAGCUGGGAGCCAACGGUGUCCUCAUCGAGUACGAGGACAUGUUCCCCUUCAAGGGRGAGCUGGAAAUCCUCAGGUCCCCGUACGCUUACAGUGAGGAGGACAUCGAGCGGAUCCAGCAGCUGGCAGAACAACACAAGCUGGAGGUGGUUCCCCUGGUGCAGACCUUCGGCCAUGUGGAGUUCAUCCUCAAGCAUGAGAAGUACCAGCACCUGCGGGAGGUCGAGCGCUUUCCCAACAGCUUCAACCCCCACAUCCCCGACACCCUGGCCCUGCUCAAGAGCAUCCUGUCCCAGGUGAUCGAGAAGCACCGGCGCUCCACCUGGAUCCACAUCGGCGCCGAUGAGGUUUUCCAUCUCGGGGAGGGGAUGGACUCCAAGAACUGGAUGAGCCACAACAAGGGCGACGUGGGGACCAUGUUCCUGAAGCACAUCAAGGAGGUUCUGGGCUUCCUCACGGCGCAGUACUGGGGGCUGCGGGUGCUCAUGUGGGAUGACAUGCUGAGGAAGAUCAGCGUGGGAGCCCUGCGGGAGUCCGGGAUAGCGAAGCACGUCUCUCCAGUGGUGUGGUUCUACGCAGCCGACUUCGAGGCUGAGCAGAUCGUGCCGUUCCUCACCAAGUACGUGGAGAGCGGCUUCGAGGCGGUUUGGUUCGCCAGCGCCUUCAAGGGCACCACGGGGCCAGCRCAGGCCUGGACCCCGCUGAGCUACCACCUGAAAAACCACCUGAGCUGGCUGAAGGUGAUGCAGGCUGUGCCACGGCUGGCCCCGCUGCGCUUGCAGGGCAUCGUGCUCACCGGCUGGCAGAGGUACGAUCACUACUCGGUGCUCUGUGAGCUGCUGCCCGUGAGCAUCCCCUCGCUGGCCAUCUGCCUGCAGACCCUGGUGAACGGGGGCUUCACAGAAGAGGCAAAGAGGAAGGUCCUGGAUGUGCUGGGCUUGGAGAGCGUGCAGCUGGAGCAGAGYACCUGCGAGGGCAGGGGAGCUUUCCCUGGUGUGGAGAUCUACCACAUGGUGGAGCAGGUUAAUGGCCACCUGAAGGAGAGCAUCCUUAAGACACUGGAGGAGGAGAGUGCCAUCAAGGGCUGGUUCAGCCCCUACCACCGGAAGCGCCAGUUUGGGAAUCCCCGCAACAUGGAGAGCUUUGGCAGCAAGAUCCUGAAGCUCCAUGAGGACUGGGAGAGCUUUGUCCGUGACCUGCGUGCCCAGCUGGAGAGGGUCUACUUCCCUGACACGGUGGAGGAGUGGAUGGAGGAGAACAUCAACCCCUACCUGGACCAGCUGCGGGACCUGGUGCGGGACUACCGGGCCAUCAUCCGCCUCAAUGGCCGGCCCAAGGCCGCCUAGGGGCCACAGCCCCCCCGGCUGCUGCUGUCCCCCUGGCUGGGCUUCGGGGGCCACCGUCGCGUGUCUGUUUGCUGGUGACAGCGCUGCUGCCGCUGUCUGCACUGUACAGAGCCCCUGCACACCCCCUCCACAAUAAAGUA